AUGCAAAAUCAACGUCCUUUAGAAACUAGUACCGAUGAUCUUGAUGAUACCGUUGAGACUUCAUCAAAUGAACCAAAGCAUCGUUCGCAUAAGUUGAAUUCCAAGAAGAUGGUCUUCAUGUUUGUUAUGUUCACAAGUAUAUCGAUGAUGAUUAGCAUUCUCACAGUUUAUUUUUCUUCACCAAAACCAUUAGGUGCAACAUGUACAUUUAUUUUGAAAUCAGAAGCUCCCAGUUUAAUUAUUAGUGAUUCACAUCCGCAUUCUAUUGCUGUUGCUGAUUUCAAUAAUGAUCACCUUCCUGAUAUUGUUGUUCCUAAUUCUGGCACAAGCAGUUUAGGAAUAUUUCUUCGACAGGACAACACUACAUUUAAAGAUCAAAUCACAUAUUCAACUGGUUCUAAUUCACUUCCAUAUGCUGUCUGUGUUGGUGAUUUCAAUCAUGAUCAACAAAUAGAUAUAGCUGUAGCUAACUAUGGUGCCAAUAAUAUUGGUAUUUUUCUUGCAAAAGGUAAUGGUACUUUCAUGCCACAAAUAACUUUUUCUACUGGCUCAUCUCGUCCACGAUGGAUUGCUGUUGGUGAUAUGGACAAUGACAAUCAACUCGACAUAGUUGUUGCAAAUUAUGGUACUAAUGAUAUAGGUAUUCUUUUUGGAGAUGGUCUUGGAAAUUUUGGAAAGCAAACCAUAUUGUCAACUGGAUAUGAUUCUAUUCCAUAUUCACUUGUCGUUUCUGAUCUUAACAAUGAUGAUAAACUUGAUAUUAUUGUUGCAAAUCAUGGCACUGACAAUGUUGGUAUAUUUUUUGGGUAUAGAAAUGGUUCAUUUGAAGAGCAAUUCAUAAUUAGUACUGGAUAUGAAUCACAACCCUAUUCAGUUGCUGUUCAUGAUUUAAAUAAUGAUACUUAUAUGGAUAUUGUAGUUACUUGUUCUGGUUUAAAUACAAUUGAUGUCCUCUUAGGCUUGGGAAAUGGUAGUUUCACAAUACCAUACAAAUAUUCAACUAAUAAUAAUUCAUUUCCAUUAUCACUAGUAAUUGGUGAUUUUGAUAAUGAUAACCAACUUGAUAUUGCUGUAGCAAACUAUCAGGGUGAAAGUGUGGGUAUAUUUUUUGGAUAUGGAAAUGGGUUUUUUAUAGAUCAAAUGAUAUUCUUCAGUGUUGAUUACAAUUUUAAUCCGUAUUCUAUUGCUGCUGGUGAUUUCAAUCGUGAUCAUCAAUUAGAUAUUGCUGUCGUCAAUUACAAUUACAACUAUGUUGAUAUUGUUCUGACAUAUCGAAAUUAUACUUUCUUAAAUCAAAAUACCUAUUCAACAGGCAUUCAAAGUGGUCCAGUUUCGGUCGCUGUUGCUGACUUUGAUAAUGAUAACAAACUAGAUAUUGUCGUUGCCAACUCUGAAACAAACAAUAUUGGUAUAUUUUUUGAUUAUGGUGAUGAUACUUUCUUAACUCAAAUAACUUAUUCAACUGGCAAUUAUUCUCAACCGAAUGCAGUUACUAUAGGUGAUUUUAAUAAUGAUAAACAACUGGAUAUUGUCGUCGCCAAUUCUGGAACAAAUAAUAUUGGUAUAUUUCUUAAUUAUGGUAAUGGUACUUUCUCAAGUCAAACAAACUAUUCGACUGGUAAUGGUUCUAUGCCGUAUGAUGUUGCUGCUGGUGACUUUAAUAAUGAUGAGCAACUAGACAUUGCCGUUGUUAACUAUUAUGGUUGCAAUAUAGGUAUAUUUCUGGGAUAUGGCAAUGGUACUUUUUCCAGCCAACAGACUCAUUCAACUGGGAACCAAUCUAACCCUCGAUCUAUUGCACUCGGUGAUUUUAACAAUGACAGUCGAUUAGAUAUAGCUGUUAUUAAUUAUUGGAGUGGCAAUAUGGGCGUAUUUGUUGGAUAUGGUAAUGGCACUUUUGCAGAUCAAAUCACCUAUUCGGUUCCAUUUGCCACUGGUCCAUAUGCUAUCACUAUCGGAGAUGUGAAUAAUGAUAAUCAUCAAGAUAUAAUCAUUACUAUGUUUUUCAGUCAAAAUAUUCUUAUUUUCUUUGGAUAUGGUAAUGGAACAUUUGUCAAAGGAAAUACAUAUUCUACUGGUAGUGGUUCUCAACCAUUAUCAAUUGUUAUUGGUGACUUAAACAAUGAUAACCAAUUAGAUAUCGUCGUGACUAAUUGUCUCACUGACAAUGUCGAUGUAUUUAUUGGAGCGAGUGAUGGAACAUUUCCUAAUCAAAGAACUUAUUCAACUGGUAAUAAUUCUUGUCCAACUCGGGUCGUUCUUAGUGACAUCAAUAAUGAUAACAUUCUUGAUAUGGUCGUAGCCGAUAAUGGUACAAAUAUGAUAGGUGUUUUUCUUGGAUCUACUUAUAUGAAUGGUAUACUUGAAGGUACAUAUUCAACUGGAUCUUCUCCACAUCCACAUGGCUUAGCUCUUGGUGAUUUCAAUCAUGAUGGUCAAUUAGAUAUUACCAUAGCAAAUUAUGGUUUAGAUAAUGUAGGAGUACUUUUAGGGCAUACAAAUGGAACAUUUCCAUUACAAACAGUAUUUUCUACUGGUGACUUAUCUUUUCCAACUUCAGUUGCUGUUGUUGAUCUAAAUAAUGAUAAUGAACUAGAUAUUAUUGUAGCUAAUUCUGGAACUGAAAAUGUAGGCAUUCUUUAUGGAUAUGGAAAUGGUAGUUUUACAAAUUUAAAUAUGUAUUCAACUGGAGUGAGUUCUAUUCCACAAGCAGUAACCAUUGGUGAUUUCAACAAUGAUAAUAAACUCGAUAUUGCCGUUAUUGAUUCUGGCACUGAUAGUAUAGUAACACUUAUUAGAUAUGAUACUGGAAGUUUUCGAAAGCAAAUAACAUUUUCAACAGGCACAGGUUCAGCUCCACGAGCAGUAGCUGUUGCUGAUUUAAACAAUGAUGGUUGGUUAGAUUUCGUGUCAGGCAAUUCAGAUAAUGUGGGUGUUUUUCUGGGAUUAGACAAUGAUACCUUUUCCAAUCAAACAACAUAUUCGACUGGGAUCAACUCGGUGACAUAUUCGGUUGCUAUUGUUGAUUUGAACAAUGACAGUUAUUUGGAUAUGGUUGUCGCCAAUCUGGGGUCUGACAAUUUAGGUAUUUUUCUUGGAUAUGGGAAUGGUAUAUUCACAAAUCAAACAACUUUUUAUACGGGUUAUUUGUCCGGUCCAUGCGCAGCCAUCGUUGCAGAUUUUAACAAUGAUGAUCGAUUAGACAUUGUCGUCGCUCUUACUUUCACUGGUAGCAUGGCUGUUUUGUUAGGACACGGCAAUGCUACUUUUUCUCCUAUAGUCAUAUACUCAAUUGACAGUAAUGCUGGUUCAUCAUCAAUCGCCACUGGUGAUUUUAACAACGACAAUCGAUUAGAUAUCGUCGUGUCUAAUUUUCUUCUUAACAGUAUAAGUAUUUUUUAUGGGAAUGGUGAUGGUACGUUUUUCAAUCUAACUAGUUAUACAACUGGCAGUGGUUCACAACCAGCAUGGAUCGUUGUCAGUGAUUUGAAUAACGAUGCUAUACUAGAUAUUGCCGUUGCCAACUCAGGCACUGACAAUAUCGGCGUGUUUUUUGGAAAUGCUAAUCAUAGUUUUCAUGAUCAAAAAACUUUUUCAACUGGUGGUAUUGGCACUACUCCGAAUGCAUUAGUCGUUGAGGAUUAUAAUAAUGAUAAUCAAUUGGAUAUCGCCUUUGUCAAUUAUGGUAACAAUUAUUUAGGUGUCCUCCUUGGAUGUACAAAUGGUACUUUUUUUGAUCCAUUGACCUAUUCAACUAGUGAUAAUUCUCAGCCAUAUACUCUCGGUGUUGGUGAUUUUAACAAGGACAGACGUCUCGAUAUUGUCGUCGCCAAUUAUGGUACGAAUAAUAUAGGUAUGUUUUUUGGAUAUGUUAACGACGAUUUUCUAAAAGCACCAGCUUAUUCCACUGGAUUUGCUUCUCAAGUGUCUUCGAUAGCUGUUGGAGAUUUUAACAAUGACACUCGAUUAGAUGUUGUCAUCACCAAUAAUGCUACAAACAAUGUCAAAGUUAUAUUCGGAUCAGGUUAUGGUACUUUUGUCAAUGAUAUAACAUAUUCAACUGAUAAUGCUUCUCAACCAUGUUCUGUUAGUGUUGCUGAUUUAAAUAAUGAUAAUCAAUUAGAUUUUGUUGUUGCAAAUUCUGGUAUUAAUACCAUUAGUAUUUUUCUUAGUAAUGGUAGUGACACAUUUUCAAAUCAAAUAACUUAUUCUACUGGUGUUGAUUCUCAACCAUAUUCAGUUGUUAUUCUUGAUUUUAAUAACGAUACUCAAUUAGAUAUUGCUGUUGCUAGUUAUGGAACUAGUAAUAUUGGCGUAUAUUUUGGUUAUGGUAAUGGAAGUUUCAUGACUCAACAAAUCUUCUCGAGUGGCUUUAAUUCACAUCCAUUUGCACUUGCUGUUGGUGAUAUAGACAAUAAUAACUUACCUGAUAUUAUUGCAACUAGUAAUGGAUAUGGUAAUAUCGAUAUUCUUAUGAAAACAUGCUAA